AUGGAGGCAACCUUAAGCGUGAUUGGAGUGUUUGGUGGUUUAGGGUUUAUGUUGAUAGUGUUGGUAUAUGCAUGGAUGUUCUUCAAUUGGGUUUGGUUGACCCCAAAGAAUACAGAGAAGUCUCUAAGAGACCAAGGACUCAAGGGAACCUCCUACAAGUUUUUAUAUGGAGACGUGAAAGAGAUCGUGAAGAUGAUAACCGAGGCGAGUUUAAAACCUAUAAACCUAACCGAUGAUAUUCUGCCACGGGUCUUGUCGUUUGCUCAUAAUGCCGUUACCACUCAUGGUAAGAAUUGCUUUACAUGGGCGGGGCCGAAACCUAUACUGCAUAUAACAGAUCCAACAAUGAUACGGGAGAUGUUUGGAAAAUAUGAAGACUUUCAAAAGGCAAAAGGGUCAAAUCCGUUGUUAACAUUGCUAGCAAAAGGGUUGGUGUUAGUCGAGGGCGAUCAAUGGGUGAAACACAGAAAGAUCAUCAAUCCUGCCUUUCAUGUCGAGAAACUUAAGCAUAUGGUACCUGCUUUUUAUGUGAGUUGCGACGAAAUGAUCAAAAAAUGGGAAGACACAUUAAAGGAAGAAAGCUCCUGCGAAAUGGAUGUUUGGCCUCAUCUCACAACAAUGACUAGUGACGUGAUUUCACGUACGGCUUUUGGUAGUAGCUUUGUGGAAGGAAAAAAGAUAUUUGAACUUCAACGAGAACUAGCUGAGCUAAUUAUAACGGCUUCCCGAUCUAUCUACAUUCCAGGAUCACAAUUUUUGCCAACAAAAAGCAACAAGAGAAUUAAAGCAAUUGCCCAAGAAGUAAAGGGUUUGGUAAGGGGUAUUAUUGAUAAACGAGUGACCGAAAUGAAAAGUGGGAAAUGUAGCAACGAUGACCUUCUCGGCAUACUUCUAGACUCCAACUAUAAAGAAAUUAAACAACACGGUAAUAACAAAUUUGGACUAAGUAUUGACGAUGUCAUUGAAGAGUGUAAACUCUUCUACUUUGCGGGCCAAGAGACUACUGCGACUUUACUUGUUUGGACAAUGAUUUUGUUGGCUCAACACAAAAAUUGGCAAGAUCAUGCUAGAGAUGAAGCUUUAAAGGUUUUCGGUGAGAAAAAACCUGCUAUUAACGUGUUGAGUGAUAUGUUGAGUCAGCUGAAAAUUAUUAAUUCAGUCUUCCUUGAGGUACUUAGGUUAUACCCUCCGGUGGUAGCAAUGACACGGAUGAUUCACAAAGAAACAAAAUUAGGAGACAUAAACUUACCGGCAGGAUCACUAAUUCAACUGCACACAAUGCUUUCACAUUAUGACCCUAAUAUAUGGGGUGACGAUGUGAAGGAAUUUAACCCAGAAAGAUUCUAUGAAGGUGUGUCAAAGGUAACGAAGGGGCAAUCAGUGUAUUUCCCUUUCGGAGGGGGUCCUCGUGUUUGUAUUGGACAAAAUUUUGCUAUGUUGGAAGCAAAACUGGCGCUUGCUAUGAUUCUAUCACGAUUCUCGUUUGAGCUUUCUCCAUCAUAUUCGCAUGCUCCACGUCCUAUCGUCACUCUUCAACCUCAGUUUGGCGCUCACUUAAUUUUACAUAAAUUAACUUGA